AUACUAACAGGAUUCCAAUCGCCGAUGCCGACGUCGGACGCAGAGAUCGCCCAGCAAGUGCUACACGAUGAGUCCCUCUACCGCUUCCCUUCCUUCAAUGCCAACGACGCCGUCACCCUCGGACUAUCUCUGCGCAAGCGCUUUCGUGCGUCGCGGAGACACGCAAAGGGCAAGGGGCUGGUCAUUUCCAUUCAGACGAUUGCUGGACACACCCUGUUCGCGUGCACGGUCGGGGACUUGGGCGGGAAUAGCGGGGUGGGGGACGUCAGUCUGGAGAGCUGGACGGUGCUGGAGGGGAUGAUGAAUGUGGUGAAGAGGACGGGGCAUUCGAGUUAUUAUGUUGAGAAGGGGAUUGGGGCCUUAGGGAAGGCUGGUCAGCAGCCGCCGAAUCCAAAUCAGAAUUUGCAGCGAGAAUUCCUUUGCGGAGGAGCUUUUCCGAUAUGGUUGGAGGUAAUAGAGCACAUGUUUGUUUCUCCGUCUGUGCGGUCGACUCACCUGCCCAGAAUGCACAAUGUUGUCCAAUAGCGAUCGUUGCCU